AACUAUCAAACCAUAUUGACUAGAUCGAAAUCAGAACAAUGAAGCAGCCAGAUGAUGGAUUGUCCAGAAAGAAACUUGUUGCUUGGAUUCUCAUCGGCUUCGUUCUCUCCAUUGUGAUAACCGUAAUCUUGGCAGUGGCUUUGUUGAAGGUUAAGGAACCAAGUAUUCAGGUAAACCUCACGCUUAACGUGCAACUUCUGGUCCAAAAUCAAAACAAGGCGAAUUUCGUGAAUGGAGAAGGGAAGAGUUUGCUUGUGUAUAAAGGAAAACCCAUCGGGAAGGAUAUAAUCAAUCCAGGUUUGAUCCCUUCCAAAGGAUCAACCACGCUUGCCACCCGAAUGACCCUCCAGGCGGACAAGAUGGGAACGGAUAUAAUAGAUCUGGCUGAGGAAGUUCUGGCUGGUGAAGUAAACUUGGACACUCUUACGAGCAUUCCAGGCAAGGUCGACACAUUCUUGAAAUUUAUAAAGAAGCGUACUGUUGCACUGCCAAAUGCCGGUUUACCGUUGGCUUUCCAACCUCACAGAUCAAGUCCCAGACAUGCGAGACGGUCAUGGUUGUGAGAGAAUUACCCAAUUAUUUGUGAAUUAUAUCUCAAAGUAUAACAGUAUAUUUUUUUUCUUCAUUUUGUGAAUGGGUUGUCACUGUUUGAAAGGAUUAAGGAGCUGUGUACUCCUUGCAAAUAAUAAUGUGUAUGCACAAUU